CCAGAAAAAACCCCGAACUACUAACUCGAUUCGAUUAGGAACAAAGAAAACGUGCGCAUGACCGUGUGGUGAUGGACCGAAACCGGAUCGGAUAUUAGCUUCUAAAAGCAUUUCAUGUCCGUAGCGUUAUGAAUCACCACACUUUGUACAGCCGGCAUACGAUACGGAGAUGUUUCAUCUGGUGCGCAUCUCCGCUGUCGCGUACAUGUUCGAUACAAACCUUUAGUGAUUCGAAACAUUAGCUUUCGGAUUAGUCACCGUUGCGCGUACUGCCCUUUGCACACUCAAUCAGUUUGCUCGUUAACCGAAAGGAAUGUGUGAUUCGCUUGUGUGCUUGUGAUUCGUUACCGAAAAUGCACAAAUAUCGCAACAGUAAGUACGAUCCGUGCCGAGUUGUUUGCUUUAAAGCAACAAUUUUAAUCAUCACCAUCACUCGGCAUCACACGUAAGGGACAAAAUGUGUCUUCUUUAUGCACAGUGAUGCAAAGUAAACGCAUCGGAAUUUCCAUCGGGUCAACAAAUUAAAACAAAGCACACGAAAGCGUCCUCCGUCCUCACACCAAAAAAAAAAACCAGCGCACGGACAAAACAUUCCGAAGUGAUCGUUAAAGCGAAUGUAAACGAUGCAGCAGUAGCCGCGGCACCAGAGCAGAAAAGGGCCACCGUACCGAUGAUUUUAUGGUUUCUGUUUUCCUGCUCGGUAUCUGUUGUAUGUCGUUUGUGUGGACGACCACGACACCAUGAUGCGUUUCCGCCGACAGAGAGAAAGAGAGAGAGACGAACUGGUGGCCGGUUACGAUACGAUGGACGGCGGGUGACGACGAUACGGCGCAAAACGUUUCCCGUUUUUCGUUCCGCCGGAAAUGGAUGGCUUUUGGGGCGUUUGUAUAUUCAAUCGGCAUCGUCAUGAAGACGAACCGUCGUUUCCUUCCAGCGCCGGGGCCGAGGUAUUUCCGUCUUUUGCCAUGUCGGAAUCGGAAGAACACUUCCUUCCCAUAUUAGAAUUUUGAUUUUAUUUUCUCUUUGGCGGUUGGUCAGAGAGGAAAGAAGCAAAACCAAAAAAAAAGCAUGCUGUCCGUUCGGCUCUUUUGUCUUUUUGGCCGGAUAACAAUUUACAUUGUUUCUCACAUCUUCGGUGGUUUGGCCUUAUUCGGACGAUUACUGAACAAUGUUGCUUGCGUUGCUUUUGCUCGAUCUUGUGGCAUUUUUAAACAUUUUUGAGACAAUUGAAUACACAAAAUCCCCAAAGUAUAGUCUGUUGUCGUGAAUUCUGGUACACUAUUAUCCUUGCAUCGCAAAUUCCGUUGCAAAUUCGAUCAUGUUUGAAUAAUAUAGAGUAAAAUUUCUUGUUGCUGUGUGCAACAUUUAAACCAAUUUUGAAUUCCCUAGAAUAAAUUAUCAUUCUACCCUACAUAUAUUGCCAUUAGUUACGAGGGUUGACAUAUUAGUUGAACUUUGCAAUCAAUGAGUCCAUAGCCGCAAAAUGAAGAUCAUCACAAUCUAGCAACCACACAUCGAACAAUCGUUCGAUACCCCCUCAAUUUCGCACACAAACGCGCAAAAGAGGUUUCAUUCAUACGGCUGGUGUCUUUCCACCAUUCAUUUCGCGUUGCGUGCGCGGGUUUGCGCUUCCAUUCAUGUUGCUCGCGCGACCCAUUGUACAAAACUCAUCAUCAGCUCGAUACGCGCGCACGAGAUAGUAUGGGAAUUUUUGUGUGAAGCAAAAGGAAAGCAAAGCGAAAAGAAAAGAAAAGAAAAGGAAGCAAUCAUUUGCGAUCGAGCAGCGGAAGAACUACCACCCGUCUACCAUUUUUGGUGAAGGGUCACAGGGGAAGAAAGGGGAGGGGGGGAAUGUCACCUAAGAGGAAAAGGUGGAAGCGGCCCGUUCCGUUACGUUUCUUCCCAUAAAGACCCCAUUACGCAGUCAGGCCCAGCCCGUGGAGACCCCGUUCGUUACGAAUCGUUGCAAUUCAAGUGAAGUUUCAUGUUUGCUUCCUACCGUGUGGCUGUGCGUAUGCGUGGAAAGCUUCUUCUUCUUCUGCUUCUUUUCGGUUUGUCAUGUUUCGAAUUCUCCGUUUCAUUCACUGCACUUUUCGCCCACCGUGUUUUUUGUGCAACCGAACCAAACCACCCAUUUUGCGCGCUUACGUGCCGAGAUAUUGAAGAGAAUGAAGAGGAAAAAAACAACACACGCAGAGUUAAGAAACAAAAGAAAAACGCAUACCGGUGGGGUUGUCCAGCGAAGCGUAAUGUACGCAAAGGGGUGCAAAAGGGUAAAGGGAGAGAGGAAACGGAUGCAAAGUGGAAUGGUGUAGUUGUGUGUAGAGGGGAAAAAAAUGCACACUAUGGAGGGAGGGUUAUGAAUGGAGUUACACGACAAAGUAAAGAAGGGGUGAGAAUCUUGGUAGAGGCAUGAAGUAGGGUACGGUCUGAAGAAAAUGAUUACAACAGAGCCCGUAUACAUUCACGUGCACAAACACACACACACGCAAAGGUACGAACUCACAUGCACCGAUGCGAGAGACACAUAAUAAGUCAUUCAUAAAUAUUCAAAGCAACCUUCCGCAAAACACACCCCACCUACCCCAUUACAACAAACCCCUUUUCGGUUCGAGCGCUACCCCGCCGUAUUCCGCGUCUUGAAAUCAUUUCCAAGAGGUGCUUGUUGGACUCGCAAAGAAGGAAACCACUUCACACACCGCGCACAAGGUAUUGUUUAUGGACAUCGGUAAAUUUAUGAAAACAGAAACAAAAAAACGAAUCUGCUCCGAACGUAGACGGUAUUUGGAAAAAACAACUCAUCUCUCGAGUUAAGUUAAAAGAAAAACCCCCACGCAGAGGACAAAACUCCAUAACCACACUCCCUAACAUGGGGUCUAUAUGAUGGGAGACAGAAGAGGAGAGUUGCAACUGUAGUUGAAUUUAAAAAAAAAUCACCCGGCAAAUCGUCACGGCCUACUAAAAAAUGUGUAUCGCAUCGUGUUUCGCCUUCUGCGAUCAGUUGGUUGAGGGCUUGAUUUGACAUUUCGGACCUGUCAAAACAAUGAAAACAUUGGACACGCGGUGCUGAAAUGCGUCCACUAUAACACUGUUUUAGUCGAGUUUUAUGUAUGCCGAUUAAAGACUAGUUUCUAUUGAAGGAGAGAUAGACAGAGGCAGAGAUGUAACAUUAAAAUAGGAAAAUGAGAGCAUAACUUGUGCGCAAUUAUCCAAUGUUUUAGGAGUUUUUUUUUUGUUGAUGAUAACUUUAUACAGAGUUUCGAAGAGAUCCGGUAGUUCUAGAGAUAUUGGCAGCGCUUUACCAGUCAACGAACAAGACAAUUUGAUUUUGUCUGCUACUUGCCGUGUGCUUUUAUUUUUAAAAGUAAUUUUUCUUCUAAAAAUCCCAAAACUAGACCUGUUUUCUCGAGCUUCUGAAUGUAUAUCUUCCCUUAAAAUUCUGUCAUCGCAAGGUGAACAUUUGUAGGUUAGAUUCUUACCUGUGUGACGUUAGUGUCGUGUGUCACCAUAUCCGAACCUGUAACGAUGUCGAUAAACCGUUUGGUAGGAGGCCGAUUGCGGAAUGAUUAUUUUUUUCUCUUAUAACUUUGCAGCCCACACAUACCCGUCCAAACUUACCUGUGGUCCCGUUCGGUAGAAAUCGGAGUACACUGUAGUGUACCGUGACCGUCCCCGAACAACCCACUACGCCACCGGUUGCUACGGAAAACGGGUAAAAAAUGAAUAACGUGCCCGUAUGCUAAACAGACGCUCUCAACCAGGCCAUCGUAAUUCGAAACCUCCCUUGUUCCUCCACCUCUUACACGUCACCUCACCUUUCCCUGGGUGGUCAUUCGUGGGCAGAAAAGUUAGCCUUCCCACCUUCUUUGCUUCGGGUGUCAUUUGAAAAUUUCAUUCGGACUUUGCCGGUCCCAAAACGUUACGCGAUACCAUAUAUACCCUGCCGGUAUAUGGGGGUUAGUACUACCCAACUCCAUCUUCAACUCCUUCGAAACGAUCACAAUUUCCGCUCGAAUGAGGUGUGCGCGCGGGCAGAUAUUACAUGUCCACCACACAUGUGGGGCAUGUGUGUGUUUGAACAACUCACCGUGGGCCGUUGCUUGGGUGUCGGCCAGUUAGAUGGUAAUUCGAUGGCUGAAGGGUAAUAUUUCAUUUACUUCUUGAAGUAGUAGUUCGGAUUCAAUACCGUUUGCACGAUUGGAUUAUUUCCCGUGACAAGAUUUGUUAAGUGACAAUUCAGAAGCUGAAGGGGUUUUGUCGUGUAGAUGAAGUGUCAAAAAGCUCUUCAGACAUUGUGAGAGGCACACUCACAUACAAGUAUAAACAACCUCUCCUGGCUAUGCUCUGAAUUAUCCAUUAGAAACCAAAUAGUCACAAGAGCUGCUGCAGCCGAGAUUUGAACCCAGAACAGACUAGUUGCUGAGAGAGAGAGAGAGAGGCACGCUACCGAUUGCACUAUUUCAUCGAUGAACAGGUGACAAGCAAAAGGUGGAUAUGCAAACUUUCGUCAGUCAUUUCCGGAGUGGUGCGAGGAUGAAGUCAUCAACGCUAACCUGCAGACGGGCUGUGCGGCAACGGAGCAACUGAUGGGAUUAAGAUCCCUCCGCAUUUCGAUCCCAUUUUCGGACUCGGCGUGUAGCAGCAGUACCGAGUCGUCCGAUUGCGAAAGCAGCACCAACUACCUAUCGGAGUCGGCCGUUAGUGUCGAGCCUGUUGAAAUACUGCCCGGUCUCUUCCUCGGCAAUGCAUCCCACAGCGAGGAUCUGAAGUCGCUGAAAAAGUACAACAUUAAAUACAUUCUGAACGUGACACCGGAUUUGCCGAAUGUGUUCGAACGGGACGGCCAGAUACGCUAUCUGCAGAUACCGAUCACCGAUCAUUGGUCGCAGGCCGGUGACCUAGCGAACCACUUCCCAGAUGCGAUCAAGUUUAUCGAUGAGGCCCGUUCGAAUGGAUGUGGUGUGCUGGUACACUGUCUGGCCGGUGUAUCCCGCUCGGUGACGGUCACGCUCGCCUACCUUAUGUUUGCCCGGACACUCUCACUGAACGAUGCAUUUCUGCUGGUGCGCUCGCGCAAACCGGACGUUUCGCCCAACUUCCACUUCAUGCAGCAGCUGCACAGCUUCGAGCAGCAGCUUAACAUCGAUCCGACGCAGUCGGCUUCCGCCAAACAGGCACUCUACUCUGCGUCCUCUUCUUCCGCUGCCUCGUCCUGUUCAUCGUCUUCCAUCGGCGCGGGAGGCGGUGGUGGAACGUCCUCAAACGAUGGUGGCGGUGGUGGUGGUGGUGCCGGUGGACAUUCCGUAUCUACAACUCCGUUCAGUGCCAGCUCGGUUGGAUCGUCCGGUUCGGGAUCGGCCGGUAUGGAACCGUCGUCACGUCACCACGGCCACACCCCCCAACAUCACCAUCCGCUGCAGCCGAAACAUGCGCUCCAUCAGGUACAUUCGCGCCACGCCGUCAAGUACAACUGUGCGUGUGUGGAGGUAGAGUGUAAGUGUACCCAGGCCGCCAUCGAUCUGCUCGGCCCGUUCACGACCGGCAUCUCGCCCGACUCCGGUAUCGAGUUCGAUCGGUGGACACCGAGCAGUAACACGCCGAAAUGAGAUACGGCCGGCGAGGGUGGACGGUUCCAACUGCCGGAUCACUUCCUCCUCCUUCCCGGCCACCUGGAUCAUGCUGCCGCCGCUACCGAGGACAGCAAACAUAGCUCCUCCGAUGCUGCCGGCUAGAGAGACCUGCCGCACAGGAUUUUGUUUACUGGAAAAUGUAUUUCGCUUGCGCACAUUCUCGGCACAACUCGAUUUGUUUGGUUGCCUUUUGUGUAGGCAACCAAAAGCCAAACACGCGCACGCUACACCGAUACGAUUUCCUCCUUUCGUUCCUCGUUCUGUUGUAUCCCAUCGUGUGCCUGUGCCGCAAAAAAAACAAACGUAAAACGCACAGAGAUAAACGAAAUAUUUGUUCGGUCUUGCACCACGCACGGAACCAGAAACGAUCGAGGGAUCGAAGGAUCGACACAUUGUCGUACGUUGUAGUGCAUUGUUGUGGUGACCGUGGUAGAAAAAAAAACAUACACAAAUUAAUAUGUGCUAGAGCAAAUGUGGAAUCAUUAGUAUGUGGUCACUUUAGUAAUAGAAUGAUGCUUUUGGGACGGAACAGACAAAUGUAGGAAAGUGUUAGAGGAACGCUAAACACACACACAUAUAUAUACAUAUAAAUUACAAGAUAAUAUACAUCCAAUGGUAUAUAAUAUAGAUAUAUUUAUGUUAACACGUCGUUAUACGUUAUAGGCACACACAGACACACUCAUACACACACUAGCAGAUAACGAUUAUUUCCCAUCUCUGCAAAGUUAGGCGCCUGUGUAUGUGUGUAUUUCCCCCCCGGGGGAGGGGUGUUAGCCUCCCAGCGAGCCUUCCCGUCUGUAGUUGUAUGUGUCUUGUUGUUUAGAGACUGUCGGGCACUGUUUGUUCGAUGCGCACCUCAGGAAGAACAGAAAUUUUCCUUUCACAGCUCCCUCCAGCAGCCCAUCCCUUCCACUCCUUUAACAUCCCUCAGUGUUUCCACGUUUUAUCAAACUAAUGACGGAUGGCUAAGAGAAUUGUGCUACAAAAGGAAAACAUGACCGGUCUUUUUUUUAAUAAAGAGAGAGACUCUGUACAGAUUGCAUUUCACAUGUACUUGCCCCCACCUUUCCGGAUAGAAGGAAAAACAAGAAGAAAGGCAUUGAAUGGAAAUUAGAAGAACAGAUGCAUUAAUUACUGUUGUCGUUUUGUCGAUGGAUUUAAUGGUGGUUAGGGAUUUAAGGUUAGGAGAUAGUUUGUGCGAGUUUUCCGGACAAGAUACUCCCCGACAUGUGGUGUAUCCCACUUUGCUUUUUUGUAAUUUGCCGGAAACUCGUUGUGGAGGAUGUGGGUCAGAUUUUGGAGCGUGGUUUGUGCCCUGCUCACAGGAAGGAAUUGCACGUAGGAAAAAUAAGAAAGGAUUUUAAAACGAGACUAUUCAAAAUGGGCAAAAGAAAGAAAGAAAAUAGGACGAAAGGUCACAAAUUUUGCUCGAAGUGUGUAGCAAAAGGACACUGCAUUCCGAUUUAUAUCCUUUUUAUAGUCAUCUUAUCUCCUCGAUCGACCAAUGGUUGGUUAACAAUUUUGUUUUUUGUCAUCAAAACACAACAAUUAUUGCCCAAAGAUUUCCCUGCUGCUUUAUAGUUUUAUUUUAUUUCUUGUUUAAAACAAACAAACCGCUUCCAAUCCUCGAAUGCCAGCGGGAGGCCAGCUCCAGUGUAGAACGAGCGAAAGAGCGUAGAGACGAAUUUAGUGGCAGAAGAAAAUCAUUUGAAAACCAAUAAAAAUUUAAAACAAACUUUGCAAACAGUGCGGGAUGAUUACACAAAAUCGAUUUUUCAAUCAUUGUUCAAUAGUGUGUGCGUGUUGUGUCAUUGUUUACAAGGUAAAGAAGCUAGUGAAAAAAGGCAUUAAGUUUACAGAGAAAUUAAAUCUCUCGAAACGAAGAAAAAUCGGUAGUAAAAAAAAGGAGAGCCAAACUUAAAUUUUUAUCCACAUUGAAACAUUUCAACUUGAUCAUGAAAGGUACUUUUUUGGAGCAUAAAAACAAAACGAAAAAAAACAACAUACAAAAACACAUGUGGAACGAUUGCUAGCUUACCCAAAAUCCCGUUUGUCCAACAUAUGUUCCAUUUGUGCAACAAAAAACAAAAAGUUUAUGAAGAGACAAAAGUAGAAAGCAAACAAAACAAAAAACAUUAAACAACGACUGUGAAAAUUGUGAAAACCGACCCCGUCACGGUUCACCGGUUGCGUUUACCGGCUUUCGGUACGCAACAAACAAGUGUGAACUGCAAUGGAAACCUCCUCUUACAAAAAGAAAAAAGGGAAAACAAACUAAACCAUACAAUUUAGCAAGUGCAUUUGCCACACAACACACAUACACACACAACAAUGUAAUCAUACACAAGAUUCGAACGAGCUGUUUGGUAAGCCAUCGUAAAACAUUUACAAAAUGAUUCGUCAGUGAAGAAGUAAAAACGAAGAUAUUUAUGUCAAGGAUACAGAGUACGAAAUGUUUGAAGAGAGUGUGAAAAAGCGCAUACACAGAAGUUAUAAAACACACAUUUAAAAAAGGUGUAUGAGAGAGCAUGACGAUGGUGAUGAAUGCAGCAAGCGAGUAAACCACAGUUAAGCAAGCGAACAAACAAAGCCAAACAAAACAAGUAAUAAUAAUACUAUUAAUAAUAAAAAUAAUAACACAACUCUUAAA